AUGACACUAGUUGGAACGGUAAGAAAAAAUAAACAGAUUCUUCCUGCAAAUAUGCAAGCACACAAGGAGAGGGCUGUUUAUUCUUCUAAUUUCGCAUUUAGCAAAGAAGCAACUGUGUGCUCUUACGUACCUAAAAAGAAUAAAGCAGUAAUAAUGUUGUCAUCACUGCACAUGUCACCAAUUAUUCAAAGUAAUAAGGAAACUGCCAAGCCAGAAAUAAUUUUAUAUUAUAAUAAAACCAAAAGUGGAGUGAACAACAUGGAUAAGCUGUUAGCAGAAUAUACCGUAAAACGCAGAACAAAUCGGUGGCCUUUAGCACUUUUUUACAAUAUCAUUGACAUUGCAGCUUUGGCAGCAUAUAUUAUUUACAUGGAACAUAACCCACAAUUGGUCUCGAGUGACAGACGUAGAAAGUUUUUGAAAUCAUUGAGUCUACAACUGUGUGGUAAAAAUAUAGAAGAGAGAUCAAAAAAUUGCAUUGUGACAUCAAAAUUACAUGUGAGAUCUGCAAUGCAGGACGUGCUUGGCCAAGAACUUAGGCCGUCAAUUUCUUUUGGAUAUGCAACUUAUAAAAGUCAAACUAGACGAGAUUCUACAGGGCGUGUUGCAGUCGUCGGAAGUUGUUACCUAUACAGAGAACUCAAACGCAAGCAAAGAAAAACUCGAAAAGCUUGCACUAACUGCAGAAAACCAGUUUGUGAUGAACAUGCAGUAACUCGUCCAACAUGUAACAUCUGCUUCGAGAGAUGUAAUUAA